AUGCCGCUCAAGCCCAACAUUGGCGUCUACACCAACCCGGACCAUGACCUGUGGAUUGGUGAAGCGCAGCCCACUGCCGAGAGCGUGGCGUCGGGUUCCGACCUGAAGCCCGGCGAGGUCACGAUUGCCAUUCGCAGCACCGGCAUAUGCGGAUCAGACAUUCACUUUUGGCAUGCCGGCCGCAUCGGCCCCAUGGUCGUCCGGAACGACCACAUCCUGGGCCACGAAUCGUCGGGAGACGUCAUCGCCGUGCACCCGUCCGUCACGAGCCUCCAGGUCGGGGACCGCGUGGCCGUGGAGCCAAACGUCAUCUGCAACGCCUGCGAGCCCUGCCUGACGGGCCGCUACAACGGCUGCGGCAAGGUGGCCUUCCUGUCGACGCCCCCCGUGCCGGGCCUGCUGCGCCGGUACGUGAACCACCCCGCCGCCUGGUGCCACAAGAUCGGCGACAUGUCGUACGAGGCCGGGUCGCUGCUGGAGCCGCUGAGCGUGGCGCUCGCCGGCCUGCAGCGAGCCGAGGUGCGGCUCGGGGACCCCGUCCUGGUCUGCGGCGCGGGCCCCAUCGGCCUCGUCACCAUGCUGUGCUGCGCGGCCGCCGGCGCCAGCCCCAUUGUCAUCACCGACAUUGCCGAGAGCCGGCUCGCCUUUGCCAAGGAGCUCUGCCCGCGCGUCACCACCCACAAGGUCGGGCGCGACGGCGGCGGCGGCUCGCCCGAGGCGACGGCCCGGGCCAUUGUCCAGUCGUUUGGGGGCGUCGAGCCCGCCCUGGCCAUGGAGUGCACCGGCGUCGAGGCCAGCAUCGGCGCGGCCAUCUGGGCCACCAGGUUCGGCGGCAAGGUCUUCAUCAUCGGCGUGGGCAGCAGCGACAUCAGCAUCCCCUUUAUGCGCGCCAGCGUCCGCGAGGUGGACAUUCAGCUGCAGUACCGGUACUGCAACACCUGGCCGCGGGCCAUUCGCUUGGUCGAGAGCGGCGUCGUCGACCUGUCGAGGCUGGUGACGCACCGGUUCGCGCUGGAGGACGCGCUCAAGGCCUUUGAGACGGCGGCGGAUGCCACGAGCGGCGCCAUCAAGGUGCAGAUCCAGAGCUUUGACUAA